AUGGCGACCAACGAGGAGCUGUUCCGACAGAUGCAGGCCUUGACCGCAGAGGUUCAGAGGCUGAGCGAAGAAAACGCCAGACUGCAGCGAGAGCAGCAAGGUGGACUCCAGGCCAUCCCGGCCCUCGUGGAUGCAGUGGCCCGCCUGACGGGUAGACCCGAGCAGUUCCAGAGGCUCGUCGACACGAAAGGGAUCGGCAAGCCAUCACUGUUCGACGGGUCGGAGUCCAAGUACCGCGAGUGGGCCGCCAAGUUCGAGUCGUUCGUGGUCGGAGUAUUCGGGGAGCAGUUCAGGGCGGUGCUGGAAUGGAGCGUGGAGCGACACGACUCGAUCGAUCGCGGGCUCUGGCAGGCGGCCUUCGGCCCGCACAGUGACGGCGAGAUCGACCACAUCGACGAGAUGGUGGCUCAGCUGCAUACGGCGAUCCAGCAGCUCGUGACGGGCGAGCCCUUCGACAUCACCCAGAACGUCGACAAAGGCAACGGGCUCGAGUGCUGGAGGCGCCUCGCGAGGAGGUUCGACCCUUCCACCGGCGGGCGGAAGCGGAACUUGUUGAAGCUGGUCCUCUCGCCCGGGCGCUGCAAGCUCGAGGAGCUCGCGGGUGCCCUGGAGAGGUGGGAGGAGGCCGUGAAACGGUAUGAGUCUAGGAGGGACGACGGCGGCAACCGAGAGCGGCUCUCGGACAGCGUGCGUAUGUCUGCCUUGGAGAGCCUGCUGCCGGCUGAGCUCGAAGAACACGUUCUUCUCAACCAGAGCCGCCUGAACACAUACGAGCUGCUCAGGAGGGAGAUCGCGUCGUACCUGGAGGCCAGGACAGGUGCUCGACUUCGAGACGCCCCGGUGCUCACCAAGACGCAGCGCGACCCCAACGCCAUGGACAUCGGCGCCCUGGUGAUCGCCAAGGCUAAGGCCAAGGCCAAGGGCAAGCAGAAGCCGAAGGGCGGCGGCAAGCACGACGCAGGCGCGCUGGACGUCGGGAAGUCCGAGGAGGAGGCCCCUGGCAACUGGGAGCCGGAGGACCACAUGUUCUUGGAGCUGUUCUCCGCCGAGCGCGAGGAGAACGCGAAGGAGGUGAACAGGAAGAUCGUGGACGACAAGGGCUGGGUGAAGGUCAACUUCGACAGCGGAUGCGCGAGCUCGGUGAUCCCCCGCGAGUGGACUCCAGCGACUUCGGCCCCUUCGAGUCAGAGGUUCAAGACGGCGAGUGAUGGUAUCAUUGCAGACGAGGGCGGCGGCGUGCUGGAGGGCAUCAACGAGAAUGGCGCUAGGAUGCGCAUCGCCGGGCGCAGGGCUGCGGUUACCAAACCCCUCAUCUCGGCCAGCGAGAUGCUCAACAAGAGGAUCGGCAUCCUGGACGAGAGCUGCGGCAUGGUGAUUGAGAAGGGCUCCACUGCCGGACGGGCGAUCAUGAAGCUGGUCGCCGAGCUCAAGGAGGCGGGAGCGCUGGAGAACAACAUCAGGCUGCAUCAGGAGCGCGGUGUGUACAACGCCUACCUGAAGCUGCCGGAGGAGAAGGCCAAGGAGCUGGAGCAGCUGCCGCUGAACACGAUCGAGUCGGAGCUGGCCCAUCGCCGAGCCGAGGCGGAUCUACUCGCUCGAGCACCAGCCGGGCAGCUGGCAGGAGGCGCGGAAGCCCCGGUGGAGCAGCGAGGAGGACCGCUGCCCCAGGAGGAGGAGACUCGAGAGCAGCGCGGCAGGCCGCCGCGGGUUCGGCUGGCUAGGAGCCCCGCCCAGCCGACCUCUCUCGAGAUCGAGGAGCACGAGGCGCAGGGCCACGUCCACUUCAGGUCCUGGUGCCCUUCGUGCUGUGCGUCGCGUGGGACUGGCCAAGCGCAUCGUGGACAUCAACCUGCUGAGGGUGAGGUCCCUACGGUCGUCACCGACUACGGCUACCUCAACGCUAGCGAGUCGGACAGCAGAGGCCGCGACGUCAGCUCUGCGAUCACGGUGUUGGAUGACUUCAGCUCGGGCGUGGCGGUCGACUUUUUCAAUCACAUCGGCCACAAGAGGUGCAUCUACCAGUCGGACGGCGAGAACCCGCUGCUGGCGCUCAAGAGGGACGUCUGCAGCAAGGCCGAGGGGAAGGAGCUGCUGCUUCGCGAGAGCCCGGUGGGAGAGCACCAGGCGAAUGGAGCAGCCGAGAACGCGGUGAAGGUCAUCGAGGGCGUCGUCAGGACGGUGCUGGUGUCAGCCCAGGCCAAGUGGAAGCAGCGUCUGCCGUUCGGGCACCCGCUGAUGCUGUGGGCCCCCACCUAUGCAGCCCAGAUGCUGAAUAGGUUCAAGAUCGGCGACGACGGCAAGACGAGUGAGCAGAGGAGGUCUGGCAAGCGCUGGGAGAAGGUGGCGGUUCCCUUCGGCGAGCGCAUCCAGGUGAAGAAGCUGGUGAAGGACUCGCUCAAGCGAGACCUGGAACCCCGCUGGGUCACGGGCUACUACGUGGGCCACACCAGCAGGAGCGGCACGGCGCUGGUGCUCACCUCGAAGGGGGUGCAGCGCGGCACGGCGAUCUCACGCCUGCCGCCCGCCGAGCGCUGGGCCUGGAACGAGGAGGAGGUCCUCGGGCUCAAAGGCAAGCCUUGGGACUGGAAGGGCGGCGAGGAGCGCUACGCGGCAGCUCCUGCGGACGUCGCCCCGAGAGCUGGGCGCAUGGAUGCGCCAGUGGUGGUGGCGCUGCCAGCAGCCGCCGAGUCUCGAGACGUGGGCUUCUACGUCACCAGGGCCAACAUCCUGGACGCGGGCAUCGGGCCGACCGAGGGCUGCGUCGCCUGCGAGAACCUGGUGGCCACUGGGCGCGCAGGAGUUGCCCACUCUGAGCUGUGCCGACAGCGCGUGAUUGAGGCGCUGGCGGCCCGAGGAGGCGCUGGACCUGCUGCCAUGGAGACGGGCGGACUCGAGGAAGUGCCGCUCGAGUUGCAGUCGCUCGCGUUCUCGGAGUACUGCAACCCAGGAUGCUUCACUGAGCUGGCUGGGGAGUUUGGCAUGCUCCCAGGGCUAGCGGCGGACAUCAGCCUCAAGGACCGGGAGUCUCAGGAGGCGCUGGACAUGAGGAAGAUCGUGAACCAGCAGAGGUACAUGCAGGCGCUCGAGGACCAGGACCCCUACUUGGUCAUCGGGGCGCCGCCCUGCACGCGCGUCUCGAAGCUGACGAGCUUGAGCCGCGGCAGGUACAAGGACCCGGAGGCGCACGCCAAGGCCGAGGAGGACGAUCGUGCGCUGCUUCGCUUCGGGAUGGAGGUCUACAAGGAUAGGCACGCCAAGGGCAGGUGGUUCUUGCACGAGCACCCUUGGGACGCCAAGUCGUGGGACGACGAGGCGGUGAAGGAGGUGGUCUCGCUCCCUGGGGUGUACCUCGUGCGAGGGGACAUGUGCGCCUGGGGCCUGGGGCUCAAGGGCGAUGACGGGAAGGUCGGGCCGGUCAAGAAGAGCACCGGCUGGCUGACCAACAACGAGCGCCUUGCUAAGGUGCUAACAGUCUGCUGUCCUGGAGGACAUCGACACGCGCCGCUACUUGGAGGAGGCCGUGCUAGGAAGGCGCAGGCCUACACGCCUUCGCUACGCCGCGCGAUCUUGCAGGGGCUCAAGGAGGAGCUCGAGAUCGCGGGCGAGAUCAACUCGUUCGAGGGCGUCGGACCGGUGCCAGACGAGGAGGCGCAGUACUUCAAGCCAGACGCCCCUCCAGGUGCAGCUGAGUCGGACAAGUGGUACUGGGACGACGUCAACGGGGGCUGGCUCGACCCUGCGGGGGUGCGGGCCGCGCGCCAGGAGGAGCUGGCCUGGAUGAAGCAUCGCGAGGUGUUCGAGCCGAGUGACGAGGAGACCUGCAGGCGCCUGACCGCUCGGGCGCCGCUACGGACGCGCUGGGUCGACACCAACAAGGGCGACGAGCAGAGGCCGAAGUACCGCUCCAGACUGGUCGCGAUGGAGAUCAAGGCUGCGAAGAAGGCGUCCGAGCAGAUGAGCGCGAGCGAGCUCUUCAGCAGCACGCCGCCGCUGGAGGCGGUCAAGCUCCUGUGCUCGCUCAUGGUCUCGAUGUGCCGCUCGCCCCGAGGACUCCCCCUCAAGAUCGGCUUCUGGGACGUCAGCAGGGCGCACCUGUACGGAGACGCCCAGAGCGACUGGAGUCGACAGCUCUUGGAAGAUUCGUGGCGCAUGGGCGUGGCAAGCCCAGCUGUGUUCUAUCGUCCCAGUGAUGAAGGUCGCGGGCUGGCUCAUGGCGACGACUUCAUGGUGCUCGGAGACGAGAUCACGCUGAAGGAGAUCGAGACGAAGCUGACCGAGCGCUACGACAUCAA